GUGCAUUCGAUUCAGUUUAGUCUGCUCAGCCGUGCUGUCAACAUUGCAUUGUCGAUCUCGAAUAAAAUUGUAGAUAGUAAUAGUGAUUAAAAAUGAGUUUUGCACGUAACAAAGAUUUUAUAGAAAAGGGUGACACCGUCAUCUUGUACUUGAGUCCAAGUAAUAUGCACGCCAUACAAGUUGAAGAAAAAAUUAAAAACAAAAAGGGUGAACUGGUGGAGAAUGUCUUUCAAACAAAAUAUGGGGCCUUAAAAGUUGUGAAUCUCGUGGGUACGAAGUACGGUUCGAAAGUCGAGUUAUCCAAGGGUUGGGCAUUCGUUUUGCAGCCAACUCCUGAAUUGUGGACCUUAACUCUGCCACACAGAACUCAAAUUAUUUACACACCUGACAUUAGUUUAAUUGUUUACCUUCUAGAUCUAGUACCUGGAAGUGUAGUUAUAGAGACAGGAACUGGUAGUGGAUCUUUAUCACAUGCUCUAGUAAGAGCUGUAAAACCACUUGGACACUUACACACAUUUGAUUUUCAUGAACAGCGUGUCUUGACAGCCAAAGAAGAAUUCAUGAGUCAUGGUAUCAGUGAAUUUGUUACAGUUCGACAUAGAGAUGUUUGUGCAGAUGGAUUUGGUGCAGAACUUGAUCACAAAGUUGAUGCUGUAUUUUUGGACUUACCUCAUCCGUGGUUAACAAUUGACUUUGCUGUUAAGGCACUCAAAACUACAGGAGGAAAAUUAUGCUCAUUUUCACCCUGCAUUGAACAAGUACAAAAAACUUGCCAGAAAUUAUCAGAAGCUGGAUUUCAUGAAAUAAAUACAUAUGAAUGUCUUCAAGAAGAACUCACAGUAGUGCAAAAAACUAUGAAUGUUCUCAAUUUAGAUGAUCUAAAUCACAAUGAGAAUGGUGAGAAGCCAGGACGAUAUAAAGAACCUGUUAAAGUUAGUUCAGUUGUACAUCCAUCAACUACUCCAGGUCACACUGGAUUUAUAACAAUAGCAACACUUCCCCCAGCAUUUAUUAGAUGAAAUGUUAAAUGAAAAUAACAAAAUUAUGUA